UGGAAGCAGACGUGUUUCAACCCGACAGCCUGUCCUGUCAUUUAUCGUUACUAUGGACAUGACGUUGAAAAAUCCCCAACAAGGGACAAUAAGUGACAGGCGCCCUCCCUCGGCCAGCGGUCCAGCCCCACCAUGCCGCUCUGUCUGAUGUACACCAACCUGAAGGACAGCGAGGUCCCUGGAGGUCUGGAGGUCACUCUAGCGGAGACCAUAGCCAAGACCCUUGGGAAACCUAUGCAGAAAAUGACAGUCACUGUUCAGACCGGACUGCGCAUGUACCGCCUGGAGAGCAGGGCCCCGGCUUGCUUCCUUCAGAUCCACUCAAUAGACGUGUUUGACAAAGACAGGAACUCAGCCUACACCAAGCCUAUCAUAGACUUCCUCAAGAAUGCCUUGAACAUUGAAGGAAAUAGAAUUGUUAUCCAGUACCUGCCAAUCCAUCUUCACGACGUGGGGCUGGAAAAGCCCUACUAA